CAUCAUCAUCAUCAUCAUCAUCAUCAAAUGCCAAAAUUGACUACAACUGUAAACAAUAGGAAAAGUCUGGGUCUUUAAGUCAACCCCUGCAAAUGCAAUAGAACAAACAUAAAGAAUUUUUAUUUAUUUAUUGUUGGGUCAAGAUGAGAACAUCAUAGGAUUGAGUUGGUGAAGUUCAAAGACCAGAAUGGGUUCGAUCCCAGGCGCUUGCGAAUAGAGCAGACUUUGUUGGGAGAGGUCCCGCUUUGCGCCCGAGGAUUAGUCCCGCAGUCGCGCGGGGAUACUUGGUUUUCAACAAAAAAAGUUCAAAGACCAAAACUUGAGGCCAAAAGCUGUGAAAUCAAAAUGACUAGGAUUUCAUAAAGACUGAUAUUAUUCUAAUACAUUGAACCAGUGAUCUCACACUACCCAUAAAUACCACACCUUCUCUCACUUAUUCUUCACACUGACUGAGAUCCUCGAAACCUUCUUUUAUUAAUUUUUCUCAGUUCUUUCUUGAAGCAGCAGAGAAAGAUGCUUCAUUGCAAGUAUCUCAGUCCUUUGAGCUUCAGGACAAAAGCUCCGUGUGGAGCUCGGAUGAACUCGGUUGUUGCAGCAGCAACAAUCAACAAUCCAGAUCAUGCCACGUCACCCAAUGGCUUGUUGCCUAUGACUAUGAAAUUGUUCCCUGGUUUCUUGCGCAUGACUGAUGUUGCACGAUCUCAACCGUUGACUGUGGCUUCAUCUGCCAAGCCGUCCCAGAACAUCACCGUUGAUCCACACCCCAAAGACGGAGACAAGAAGAUCAAGGGGAGAGUGGUGUUGAUGAAGAAGAAUGUUUUGGAGUUAAAUGACCUCAAAGCAUCGUUUCUUGAUCGUGUUCAUGAGCUGUGGGGCAAAGUGGUUUCUCUGCAGCUCAUUAGUUCUGUUAAUGGUGACCCUGAAAACGGGCGAGGAAAAGUUGGAAAGCCAGCAUAUUUGGAAGAUUGGGUUACCACAAUCACUCCCUUAACAGCAGAGGAGUGUACAUUUGAGGUUACUUUUGAUUGGGAUGAGGAGAUUGGAGUCCCAGGAGCAUUCAUAAUAAGAAAUGAUCAUCACAGUGAGUUUUACUUGAAGACUCUCACACUCGAAGAUGUUCCUGGAGAAGGUCGAAUCCACUUUGUCUGCAACUCAUGGGUGUAUCCUGCUAAAAACUACAAAAAAGACCGUGUUUUCUUCGCUAACAAGACAUAUCUUUUAAGUGAAACACCAGGGCCACUAAAGAAAUUCAGAGAAGAAGAGCUAGUAAACUUGAGAGGAGAUAAUGACGAUGAAACAGAACUUCAGGAAUGGGACAGGGUUUAUGGCUAUGCCUACUAUAAUGAUUUGGGAAAACCGCAUAAGGGUCCACAAUAUGCCCGUCCAAUUCUCGGUGGCUCGAGUAAGUUCCCUUAUCCUCGGAGGGGAAGAACAGGAAGACGACCAACUAAGGAAGAUCCUGAAAGUGAGACCCCAAUGAUGCUUCUUUUGAGCUUAUUGAUAUAUGUUCCGAGAGAUGAACGGUUUGGUCACUUAAAGAUGUCAGACUUGAUUGCUUAUGCCCUGAAAUCCAUAUCUCAGCUCCUUAGGCCUGAUGAGCUAGCAUCUAUACUUGUUGGCCCCCAAAAACAUUUUGACAGCUUGGAAGAUGUUCUUAAACUCUAUGAAGGAGGAAUAGAGUUGCCUGAGGGUAUACUAAAAUCUGUAAGGGAUAACAUCCCUGCAGAGACGAUCAAGGAACUUUUCCGAACAGAUGGUGAAAAAUUCCUGAAAUUCCCAGUGCCUCAAGUGAUCAAAGUGGAUAAGUCAGCAUGGAAAACUGAUGAAGAAUUUGCAAGAGAAAUGCUGGCUGGAAUAAAUCCUGUCGUCAUACAUCGUCUCCAAGAAUUUCCACCUGCUAGCAAGCUAGACCAAAAUACAUAUGGGCAUCAAACUAGUCAAAUAACCAAAGAACACAUAGGACAUAACUUAGAUGGACUCAGCAUAGAUGAGGCAAUCCAGAACAAGAAGCUAUUCAUAUUAGACCACCAUGAUGCAUUGAUGCCGUACCUGAGGCGUAUAAACAAAACUUCCACAAAAACUUAUGCAAGCAGGACACUCCUUUUCUUAGAGAAUGAUGGGACUUUGAAGCCAUUAGCUAUUGAGUUAAGCUUGCCACAUCCUGAUGGAGAUCAAUUUGGCUGCAUUAGCAAAGUCUAUACUCCCUCUAGCCAGGGCGUCGAGAGUUCCAUUUGGCAACUUGCUAAAGCUUAUGUGAAUGUAAAUGACUCUGGCUAUCAUCAGCUCAUCAGCCACUGGUUGAGAACUCAUGCGGUGAUGGAACCAUUUGUGAUAGCCACAAAUAGGCAGUUGAGCGUGCUGCACCCAAUUCAUAAGCUUCUGCAUCCUCACUUUCGUGACACUAUGAAUGUAAAUGCAGUCGCUCGACAGGUUCUCAUUAACGCUGGAGGAAUACUAGAGGCAACAGUCUUUCCUGCAAAGUUCUCAAUGGAAUGGUCUUCUGUAAUGUAUAAAAACUGGGUUUUUCCUGAACAAGCGCUCCCUGUAGAUCUGAUCAAAAGAGGAAUGGCAGUUGAAGAUCCAAAUUCCUCACAUGGUGUACGCUUACUGAUAGAGGACUAUCCAUAUGCUGCUGAUGGGCUUGAGAUCUGGUCUGCAAUUAAAACAUGGGUUAAGGACUAUUGCUCCUUCUACUAUAAAACUGAUGAAACGGUUCAAAAGGACUCAGAACUCCAGUCCUGGUGGAAGGAACUCAGAGAGGAAGGUCAUGGUGACAAAAAAGAUGAGCCAUGGUGGCCUAAAAUGCAGACUCGUGAAGAGCUGAUAGAAUCAUGCACCAUCAUCAUAUGGAUUGCUUCAGCCCAUCAUGCAGCAAUCAAUUUUGGGCAAUACCCUUUCGGUGGAUACCCCCCAAACCGGCCAAGCAUAAGCCUGCGGUUCAUGCCCGAAGAAGGCACUCCUGAGUAUGAGGAGCUCAAGACAAACCCUGAAAAGGCAUUUUUGAAAACAAUUACACCUCAGCUGCAGACCCUUCUUGGCAUGGCCUCCAUAGAAAUCUUGUCAAGACACUCAGCUGAUGAGCUUUAUUUGGGGCAGAGAGAUGCGCCAGAAUGGACAACAGACAAUGACAUAUUGCAAGCCUCUAAGAAGUUUAGAAAGAAGCUGGAAGAAAUUGAGGAAAACAUGAAAAGAAUGAACAAGGAUGAGAAAUUGAAGAACCGGGUUGGACCGGCCAAGAUGCCAUACACUUUGCUCCAUCCUUCUAGUGAGGCUGGACUUACUGGCAAGGGGAUUCCCAACAGUGUCUCAAUCUAAUGCUUCUCCAUUUUGUAAUUUACUCAUCUUAUUCUUAGCUUGCUAUAUACAUGCAUAUAUAUAUGUGUGUGUUCUUUUUUUGUCAGAAUAAAUCAAAAAAUGGGUACUGUGAAAUUUUUUA